CAAAUCCGUACCAAACUGAGUAUAUAAAGACCUAAAAUAGAUUUUUCGAGUACCCACUUCAAUAGUUACAGACGCUACAACAUGAGGAAAAUCAUAGACGCGGUUCUUUUUGGGCUGUUGGUGGCACUUGUUGCUGCCGUACCUUUGGACGAACCAGCUGCCGACAAGUGGAGCCUCGUCCCGGAUGCCAACGGUCGCUUGCAUCUGGUCAAUACUAACCCUUACAAUCUUCCCGAUGUGGAGCAAGAACCGGAAAAACGUUUUACCGCUGCUUCCGACACGAUCUUCCGAUUGUACACCAGAAGUAACCCAACUAUGCCGCAGGUUAUCGAACUGAACAAUGCUGCGUCGCUGUCGAACUCCAACUUCAAUGCGGCCAAUCCGACUCGGUUCAUCAUCCACGGUUGGAACAAUGAUGGCUUCUCCGAAGUCAACCAGCUUUUGACGGCUUCUUGGCUGAGCCGGGGAGAUUUCAACGUGAUCACCGUUGACUGGGGAGUUGGAGCCAUCACCAUAAACUAUCCGUUUGCUCGAGCUCGUGUCAUGUCGGUCGGAUCCGUUGUAUCAUCCUUCAUAAAUUUCCUGCGGACCAGCGCAGGAAUCCAAUUCCACAGUGUUAGCAUAGCAGGUCAUAGUCUGGGAGCUCACGCUGCUGGUAAUGCAGGUUUCUUCCAGUUUGGUCGUUUGAAUACCAUCUUCGGGUUGGAUCCAGCUCUGCCACUGUUCUCGGCUGACAGUUCGGAUCGCAUUCACGCUAGCGAUGCGCAAUACGUGGAGACUAUUCACACCAAUGCGGGAUUACUGGGCUUCGAUCUACCGUUGGGAACCGCUUCGUUCUAUCCUAAUGGAGGCCGAAUUCAGCCAGGCUGUGGAAUCGACAUCGCUGGAGCUUGCGCUCACUCCCGUGCUUUCCAAUUUUUGGCCGAAUCUAUCGUGUCGGCAGGUUUCUCGUCGGUACCGUGCCAGUCCCAUCAGCAGAUUCUGGAGAAUAACUGUGGCGCAAUCGGUCCCAACCGUCCCAUGGGCGGAGAGCCAUCGAACAUCCACACCGGAACGCAGGGUGUGUACUUCCUAAACACGCGUGGUGCGAGUCCAUUCUCGAUGGGCUGAGGGGUUCUAAUCAUAUCAACGAUGGUCAUUGCAAUGUUCUGAUAUUAAUAGUGUUCUAGUCCUUAUCUCAGUCAACACAUGAUCUAAUAGCGAAAUUUCGGAAUAUCUGUCAUGGUUGGAAUAUGAGUCAAAACGGUAGAAUGUUAAGAAGAGGCUUAUCAUGGACGAUUAUGUGUCGACUGGGAACUUAAUUUUAAAAGUACCUCUGACAUUUAUACUCUCUUAUCAAAAUAAAA